AUGCCUGCAGCGACGCCGAAGAAACUCGUUCAUUGGGCUUUCGACGCGUCCUUCCCUGAGCUGGGAUCCCCUUUCUCGGAAGCCCCGUCGACCGACUCGUACUGUUCGACCUCAAGUCUUCAGUAUGUCAACUCUCAGCUUCUAUCCCAUGGGUUCUUGCACGACGCGGGUCUGUCUUUGGAUGGUCUGGGGAAGGACGAUACAGAUCGGGUGGUGAAGUGUAUCCUUGGGAUGUUGAGUCAACGCGUCGAUGAUAUGUCGCGGACAGAAGACCUCACGACCAAGCUUCGCACCCUCUCUUAUGAUCAUGAACGUCUUACCUCUAUGUACAAGUCGGAGAACGAGAAGGCAGGGAACGCAGAACGAGAGAUGAACCUGCACAAGACUCGCAUGACUGCUGCCACCAAGUCCCUUCAGUCUUCCGAGAACGCCCAUAAGCACACUACCGCCGAGUUACAGCGCACCCGCACCAGUCUUCAAUCUCUACGUGGAACCCAUCAGACUGAGAUAAAGAAGCUCGAGAAGGAGAAAGAGCGUAUGAUCGAGCGAUGGGGCAAGCUAUCGGACAGCCAACUCAAGGCUAGCAGCCUGCGCUCAGGACUCAGCUGUGCUAAUCUCGAGGCCGCCGAGGCUUCCGACGUGCAAAUGCAUGGCCAGGGUACGGGUUUCCUGGACGUCGCUCUCGAGCAAGCAGAGGCAGCAAGGAAGGAGCUGCUGGAACAGAACAGGAGGCUCAGGGAUUUGCUGCUGUCGGCCGCGAAUGGGCUUCAGAACGUUUUACACGAAGUUUGUUCGGCCAGGCAAGUUGGUGCGGUUGAAGAGCCAUCUCUUAUCCUGUCAAGCUCGCUCUUUCCCGAAUCUCCGGUAGAGUCUGCCAGUGAAACUUUCAGCUCCCUGUUCAAGUCUUUGCGCGGCAGCCUUUCGCAAAAGACUGAACCGCCGCUAUGCAACUGCCCCCGGAAACAGAAGACAUCUGUUCAAAAUCCUUCUCGAGCAUCUGAGAGCGCGGAACUUGAGCGAUUACAGGGUGUCAUCGACAAAUUGCGUGAAGAGCUUGACAAUUCCCAGAAGCAGGCAGCCGCAUCUGCUGCUCAAACCCAAGAACUAUUCGACCGGUUCGCGGAAGAACAGCGACUGGCGGCGAGCAACGUAGCCGAGAUGAGCGUAGACCUCAUGACAUCCACGGUGUGCGAUGAGGAGAAGGCUCGACUGGAGGAGCGUUUCAAGCAGCUCGAGGAGGAGCGUCGGAAGUUCACCGAGGCUGCGAUACGAUUAGGCAAGGAGAAGGCAGCAAUAGAGGCGGAACGAUUGAAGCUGCUUGAAGAGAAGCGAGCAUGGGAGGUGGAGAUGAUGCUGGCAGAACUUCCGCCAACUCCAAUACCUACUGCGGGCUCCUCGUCGCAGCUGGCCGAGGUUCCUCCGUCAGUCACUUUGCGAACCCGCAGUCCACGGAAGUCACCUCGAAAGCUGAAGAGCAUUGCUGCGGGCGCACGUAAGUCGCGGGCAUCACGACGGUCUUCGGGACUUGGAGCAUUUGCCCCUACACCCAAAGCCAAGGUCAAAGCCAAGGUGUCGUCUUCCUACGAAACAGAAGUCCUCCCAUCCGCUGUCCCCGUAUCUUCUGCCCCACCAUCGCCCCGGCGCCCUCCUCCAGAGUUCAAGACCAGUAUGACGAUACCUGCCGCCCCUUCUCCAGCACAUCUUACCAGCGCAUUCGUGCUCCCUCCCCCUUCUCCCGCUGCCGCGCUUCCCUCGAUUUUCGCAGAGCCUUCUGUGUUCCCUCCAUUACCCCCAAUUCCGAAGCUCCAGAUUCCCCCAUUCACCAGCGUCGACGGCAGCAUGGAAGCCGACUCGGACCCAUCGCCUUCCGCCGGCGCCGCAUCAUCAUCGUCAUGGUCAUCAUCAUCCAGCAGUACCGCACCCUCCACGUCCUCUUCUGUCGCAAGUUCCUCAGCCCCUCCCGUACCCCACACCCCCGUCGCGCGACCUUUCCCUAUGGCGAAGCCAUUUGCACAACGCAUGACCCACGCCUACUCCCCGGUCAAGCCCAGUCCGCUCUCCCGCAUCCUCAUGCUCGGCGCGUCCCCCGACAGCCCUGAAGGCGACCGCCUCGGCGCGCUCGCGGAGACGAGCGAGUCCUCGUUCGAGAUGGACGUCGCGCUACCGCCGCCCGUGCGCAGCCUCGCCGAGGAACUCGGGGUGUCCGAGAGCAGCGACGACUACCCACUGCGCGAGACCCAGCCCGCGCCUCCCGCGACGAAGAAGGUGGCGCCAGCCCCCCCAGCGCCAGCGAACAAGGGCAAAGGCAAGGCGGCGCCUGCGCCCGCGCCUCCAGCGAAGCCUAACCCGCGCACGCGCGCGGGCGCGGCGCUCGAGAAGGAGAACGUGAAGCGCGUCAAGCUGUCUGCACCCGCGCCCGCUGUGGCCGCGGGCUCCGGGUCCACAGGAAGCACGAAGAGCUCAGGGUCCGCGGCGUCCUCCCGCGAGAAGCGUGGGACGGCGGCUCCGAAGCCACCCGCUGGUGGUGCUGGUGCGCGGACGCGCGCUGCGGCUCAGGGGAGGACGGCGGCUCCGAAGGGCGGGGCGCGGAGGGUGCCCGCGGGGAGCGCGCAGGCGGCGAAUGUGCCGUCGUGGAAGGGCUGA